GCUCACACCACUUCCCGUGGUCAGCAGCCUCCGAGCUGCUCCACCAGUCCUCCUCCUUCCUCUACAGAGGAGGGGCCACUCUCUUCAACCAACUUCGGGAGAAAAUGUUUGGAAUUCCGUUUCCGCUUUAGGGAGUGGACGAUUUUUUUUUUUUCAACUUUUUAUAUCCACGACAACUCGGACAGUUUUUUCCGUCAAAACUGUCCCGGAUUAAACUAUCGUCGCGACGAUGGCUUCUUCUCCUCAGAAGUCCCCGUCCUCUCCGAAGUCCCCGACGCCCAAAUCCCCGUCUUCCAGAAAGAAAGACGACUCUUUCCUGGGGAAACUUGGUGGAACUUUGGCGAGAAGGAAAAAGGCUAAAGAAGUGUCUGAGCUUCAGGAAGAGGGGAUCAAUGCCAUCAACCUUCCCCUCAGCCCGUCCCACUACGAGCUGGACCCCGAGGACACCAUGCUAGAGGAGAACGAAGUGCGCACCAUGGUGGACCCCAACUCCAAGAACGACCGCAAGCUGCAGGAGCUCAUGAGGGUGUUGAUCGACUGGAUAAACGACGUCCUGGUGGGGGAGAGGAUCAUUGUGAAGGAUCUGGCCGAGGAUCUGUAUGAUGGACAGGUCCUGCAGAAGCUGUUCGAGAAACUGGAAGGCGAGAAGCUGAACGUGGCGGAGGUGACCCAGUCGGAGAUCGCCCAGAAACAGAAGCUGCAGACGGUUUUGGAGCGCAUCAACGACUCGCUCAAGCUCUCCACCAGGAACAUCCGCUGGAAUGUUGACUCCGUUCACGCGAAGAGCAUCGUUGCUAUCCUGCACCUGCUGGUGGCGCUGUCGCAGCACUUCAGAGCGCCGAUCAGAUUGCCUGACCACGUCUCCAUUCAAGUGGUGGUCGUCCAGAAAAGAGAGGGCAUCCUUCAGUCCAGACAAAUUCAAGAAGAAAUCACCGGCAACACGGAGGCUUUCUCUGGCAGACACGAGCGUGACGCUUUCGACACCCUGUUUGACCACGCUCCAGAUAAACUGAAUGUUGUCAAAAAGACAUUGAUCACGUUUGUGAACAAACACCUCAACAAGCUCAACCUAGAGGUGUCUGAAUUGGACACACAGUUUGCAGACGGCGUUUAUCUGGUGUUGCUGAUGGGGCUGUUGGAGGGAUACUUUGUGCCGCUCUACAACUUUUUCCUCACACCAGAGAAUUUUGACCAAAAGGUCCACAACGUGUCCUUCUCCUUUGAGCUGAUGCAGGACGGAGGUCUGGAGAGACCGAAGCCCCGACCAGAGGACAUAGUGAACUGCGACCUUAAAUCGACGCUGCGCGUCCUCUACAACCUCUUCACCAGGUACAGGAACGUAGACUGAGCACCGGGUGUAGCAGGAGGGAACACUUUAUACCACGGAUCACAUGUUGGAGCUUAGAGCUUAAAGAUAUGCGUCUCCUUCUACUUGUUGUAGAAGUCUGUUUUAAUCUGAAUGCAUGCAUCACAUUUUGUCCCUGUUGGAUAUUGUGUUUUAUUUUGUUUCCUGCAGAGACAAUUUUAUGGAAGCCCUAAGAGGCAUGCAGGACAAAAACGAAUGUGUUGACCCAGGUGAUCGAAAUCAUUUUUUUCUCGUGUUUAUGACUAAAGAACGGGUUCAUCUUUUUAAGUUUCUUACAUUUUUUCCCCAUCUUUGAAACUAAAUUUUGGAAGGUGAUUUUUUAUUUUUUUUUUUUAAGUGCAAUACUCAUUUGGGCAACAUAAAGCUGAAGUGCACCACUACCCUGUGUUCUACAAUAGGACUUGAAGCAUUCAUGUUUUCUUCCAAGUGAGUUUUAUGAGAAAUUUAAACCCAGCUGGAAGAAAACAUCAAUGCUUUCGGUCCUAUUCACAUAUACAUAUGAUAGUGGUGCAUUUUGGUCUCUUGUCGACGAAAUGAGCAAUGAAAAAUUAUCCUGGCAAAACCUAUUCUCUACCAGCUCUCAAGUCAUUAACACAUGAGAGGAAACCGUUAGGAUCAGACUUUUUUUCACUGUCCUUUCAGGGCUUCCGUACAUCUGACUUGUGUGAUGCAAAAUUACUUUUUAUUGUAAAUUGGGCAUUGCUUUACAGUCCUACGGACAUCUAUGAAUAAGAUAACCAAUGGUAAUGUCUACUUAGGUCGUAGAGGUAAUUCUGUAGUGAAUUCUGUCACCCUGCGUUGUUAUCACAAAGAUGAACAACACUUGUAUCUUUUAAUCCAUAAAAGAAAAUGUUUAACUAUAUUUAUUGUACAUUUUGAGAUACUUGUUCUUUCCUACUUUCCCAGCUGUUUAUUUUUUUUCCUCUCCGCUCUUGUUUAUGUCAUUCAUAAGUGCCUUAAUUAAGACGUGUGAACACAGCUAGCGGCUCCCAAUACGUAAUAUUGGGAUGCACGUGCUCCCCAGUUGUCUUAACGUUCCAGAUUCCCUUUCCAUAUGUGGAGGGACAUUUGAAAUAUCUGACCAAAGCUCUGUUGUAUUCACUCUGUAAAUCAUAUAAAGGCGUUACUCAGCAGUCA